UGUAGGUUUGUGACGAAAAUUAGUCUGUGUCUGUUGAGUCACUGCCAAGAGUUAAAGAUGAAGGUCGCUGUUCUGCUGUGUCUCACUGCCUCUUUGGCUGUCACUGCUGCUUUGCCUGCAGGAGCUCCAGCGGCCCCGAUGAUCCCCUCACCUGCCAUGAUCCAGGCCUUCAUCCCGACGCCCGAGGAGAUCCAGGCCCUCAACGCCCUCCACACCACGCCCGCCCCGGGGGUCGUGCCCACUCCAGGGGCCGCCCCCGUCGGACCUCCAACCAUGCCUCCUGCAGUAGCAAAUCUGGUCGCCAAGUACAAGACCGCAGUCGCAGCCUUCAUCCCUGCCACUGCAGCGCCUGCCAGCUAAUGCCUUCUCCGUGUCAGUGGUAAUUAGCCAAUCUACAAAGGACUUUUGCUUCUGUAAAAGAAAAUCAGUGUUAUAAAGAGCUAAAACAUUAUUUUUCUUUAUACAAGUAUCAUUUUAGUAUACAACGGUAUAGAAAACCAAAAAUUACAAUGGUUUGUAUAAAUCACUCCAUUGAUUUCAAA